AUGAGAGAUUGUGGUCCCUUUCUUCACUGCCAGUGAAAGCAACCAGUAUUUUUGAAGCUGUCUUUUUAAACUUCUGACUUUCUCUUUUAAACUGUUCACAGCUAUUAGUGAAAGUGAGAUGACCAUGGAAAAGGAAUAUAAAGAGAGGCUAAGACAACAUUUCAGAGGACUUAAAAAUUAAAGAUCACCAAUUUCCUUCUUGGCUUCUAACCUAGGUCAGGUACUUGUACUGAUGUAGUCACUCACAGAUAAUCAUUAAAAACAAUAGGAAGAAAAUAUAGGGUCUUUGGUAGGAUUUUUUCCUUCCAUAAGUAUGCAUUUUUUUAAUAGAUGGAAUUCCUAGGGGAAGAAAUUUCCUUUACCAUCAAAGAUCUUCAUCUCCCACAAAAAUCUUAAUAAGUUUCUUUCAAAGGGAACCUGUUCAGGGUCACAUAGUCACUACAUACCAUGGGUCAUGCUGCCUGUUUAGGUCUUAUGUGGUAAGGAUAAAAAUGAAAUAAUUUCUUCUAGCCUUUGCAAAUAUUUUGCCCUUAAUGACUGCUGAUUAAUGGACUGUUUGAUUUUUUUUUUUUUUUUUGCCUCUCUAGGUCACUCACUGGAUGAAAGAAUCAGAAAAUGUCUAACUUGAACAACUCAAUAACUGAAUUUCUCCUUAUGGAGUUUUCUGACAACAGAGAGCUGCAGAUCUUAUAUUCUUUGCUUUUCUUUCUCAUUUACUCAGCAGGCCUGAUGGGAAAUCUCCUCAUUGUCAUCAUCAUCACCAUUGACAGGAGACUCCAUACCCCUAUGUACUUUUUCAUUAGGAAUCUUUCCAUUGUGGAUAUCUGCUUCAUAUCAGUAACUGUUCCCCCAGCAUCCAUUAACUCCCUGGUGAACAACAGGGUUAUUUCAGUUACUGGAUGCGCAAUUCAGAUAUUUCUGCUAGUCUGGAUGGCCUAUGUUGAGUACACUUUGCUCACUGUCAUGGCCCGUGAUCGCUAUGUUGCCAUCUGCCAUCCACUUCUUUACCCAGUGAUCAUGAACCCUCGUGCCUGCAUGCAGAUGACCUUAACCUGCUUGUUCACUGGGAUUUUGUAUGCAGGUCUCCAUACUGGUUUAACAUUUCAAUUGUCUUUUUGCAAUUCCAAUGUGAUCCACCAGUUCUUCUGUGAUAUCCCCUCUCUACUCAAGAUUUCUUGUUCAGAGAUAUUCUUCAAUUUGAUAUCUUUAUUUGCCUCUGCUCUAGCACUUGUUGGCUGCUUUGUCUUCAUCAUUGUAUCAUAUAUUCGAAUAUUUUCCACUGUGCUUAGAUUUCCAGUGAAAGAAGACCAAAGAAAAGCCUUCUCUACUUGCAUCCCUCACAUCAUUGUGGUUUCUUUGUUCCUUAUUUCAACCUCUUACGUGCACCUACAGCCACCUUCAGACUCUGGGUCUAUUAAAGAUAUAAUCAUUUCAGUAUUCUAUUCCAUAAUUCCUCCCUUUCUGAACCCUAUUUUAUACAGCCUAAGGAAUCAGCAGAUAAAAGAGGCUUUAAGAUUAGUAAUGAAGAAAAAAAUUUUUUUAAAUAAAGCAUAA